AGAUUCAUUGUUCAUUUAGUUUUUGCUGAUUUAUAUCUGGAAAAUUAAAUAUUACUUCAAAUGUAAACACCUGCGGAUAAAUAAUACCAGUCAGGUUUUAUCGACUAAAAAUUGAACUGGCGUCUUCCCAGGAUCUCCUGUCAUCUACACUGUGCUGAAGGGACAGAGCUUUAGAGAGCACUUUUUUUCGGAAACUGAGGGUAUUUUGCAAGGAUGGAUUUCAGUAGGACGGACUGCCAAAACAAAGGAGGCGAUAAAUCGCGAAUCAUCAUCAACGUUGGGGGAUUUCGACAUGAAACGAAUAUCACAACGCUACAGAACAUCCCAGAUACUCGCCUGGCUUGGAUCGCUGAGAACUCAGCAAGCUCCGACGAGGCAGGAGCUAUAGAAUAUUUUUUCGAUCGUCACCCUACCGCCUUCGCCCAAGUGUUGAAUUUUUACCGAACAGGGAAACUACACUGUCCGCCAGAAAUGUGUGGGCCGAUGUACGAAGAAGAGCUUAUAUUCUGGGGAAUUGACGAGAAACAAAUGGAGCCUUGUUGUUGGGGGAAGUAUACACAACAUCGCGAAGCAGAAGAAAAUCUCAAAGCAUUUGUAGGUCCAGGAUUUGAAGACCUACGAUCACCCGAUGGUUUUAUUGGACAACAUUUAGGAUCACACGGAAGCUUGGACGAGGGGCUUUCACGAUGGAAGAAAUGGCAACCAAGAAUAUGGGAAAUAUUAGAAGAACCGCACUCUUCGAAACUCGCAAAGGGCGUAUCCUACAUGUCAUGCAUUUUCAUAACCGUUUCCAUAGCAAUGUUCUGUGCUACGACCAUGCCGGCAAUGAAGAAAAACAAAGCGCUAGUGAUGGGAAAACUCCAGGAGCUCGAUUAUAUUGAGUACAUUUGCAGUAUCUUCUUCUGCAUCGAGUUCCUGAUGCGGCUGAUAUUUUGCCCUUCGAAGCUUCGCUUUAUAAAAGGGAUCAUGAACUGGAUCGACUUUGUGGCGGUCGUGCCGUUCUUCUUGAGUAAAAUUACGGACGAUCAGAUCGUUCGCAUACUCGUCGUUAUCCGAGUCCUUCGUCUGUUUCGGUUUAUCAAGUUGUCGUACGGGCUUCAAAUCAUAGUCCAGACCCUAAAGGCUAGCUCGCAUGAGCUGAUACUACUACUGCUCAUGUUGUUGAUUCCAGUAGUGAUGUUCUCUAGUAUUGUCUAUUAUGCUGAGUUCAUGAUACAAAAGGACAAAUCUCAUUUUCGUUCAAUACCAGACUCCUUUUGGUGGUGUCUGAUCACCAUGACAACGAUCGGCUACGGUGAUAUGACCCCCGAUACAUGGCCUGGGAAAGUCAUUGGCGGCGCUUGUGCAAUUUGUGGGGUUUUGAUAGUUGCUCUGCCGAUAUCGGUCAUCGGAAAUAACUUUAAUCUUUAUUAUGCGCAUGCGCAAGCAAGACUGAAACUGCCCACAAAACACCGUCGUCUUGUUCUCGGAGGCGUACCGGGGCUGCUGUCCAAACAGCAAGAACUCAGCUCACGAAGAAAGAAAAAGACUAAGCAGAGUAAUGUUGAUUAUGAGUUGUGCACGAGUGAUGACUUGUCAUCAACAAUGAGCAGUCCACAACAUAUGCCACGGCGCGCCAGGUCAGAUCUCAAUCCUGACCACAUUCACUUCAGGGAAAGCGAAAAAGAUGCGCUUCUUGACGCCGCGCGGGAUUUGCCUCCAAGGAGACGACAGCGGGCAAACUUUGAAAACCUCAUCGCUUUCAAACCAGAUAAAGAUGGGAAAGAUAAUUUUAGAAAUGGCGACAUACCUUCUUCAACCGUUCCUGAGGAAAAAGAAACACUCCUAUCUCAAGGAAGAGCGGGUUCUAGUAAAGAUAUUGACGAUACUGAUGAUGCGUCAUUUCCGGUAUUGAAUGUCACGAAUAACCCUAUCGAUGAACACCUCGAUGACGGAGAAGGUAUAAUCCUACCAGCAAUUUCUGCGAGUUCGGAAUAUAGCAAACAACUAGAAUCAAAGGACUCGGAUAAAACUGAUAAAGAUGAUACGAGGGAUUCAGAGCCAAGCAAUCUGAAUCAAAACGACAAGCUUUAUCCUAGUUCGGGUUUGAGAUCAAAAAGAAAAUUAUCACUUUCCGAUUCAAAAUUAUCCAGUAACCAUAGAGAUGAGGACGACACUCCCCAAAGAUGCCCGAGUGACACUGACACUAAUAAACUAUCGGCAAAGUUCAAAGAACUUCAACCGCCUCGUACGCAAAGCGUUCCCGGAAGUAAAUCUCCCUUGAAUCCGGAAAAGAAAAUUUUAGCCAAUGGGAACUGUUCUACUGGUGACGCAAAUCAAGAUUUGCCGGGUGAAGAUAAUUUUAUUCCACGAGAUAGAACAACUACGUUUCCUUAUUUACCAGAUUACGUAAACAAAGGCAGACGAAAGGGACUAAGUGUGGCUCCAUCCACCUCGAAAGACGAUCCUGAUUUUCUUGAAACAAAGAUUUGAUGGGGAUUUUCAGGCCAUUAUAGCCUUAUUGAAUUGUUCACUUUGUAGUCAGCGGUAGUACGGAAAUUGCGCAUGCUCAAUGGCGUGAGUUGGAAAAACGGAAUACUUUGCUGUUAGAAAAUUAAGUUAUUGUAGUCACUUAAAAGUGGGAAAAAAUACCUACAAGGCUCAUUUUCUUGUCAAGAAUAUCCUGGCAAAGUAUUACACAAACGGCGUCCAUUUUCCAAGGUGCCAUAAAAAAUCAUCACGUUCUAAAAAUUUCAUCACCAAAAUUGAUGACCCUAAAAGGUUUCACUAUAAUCCUUAAUACAUUACAAGACCAAGGCACUUAAAAUAAUUUACUUCCUACAAAAAAGACUUAAAUUACCUUCAAUUGAAUCCUUUUUCAUUAMAAGCUUUUUUUAUGUUUUUGCGACCUCGACAAAUUCUUGACGUUUGGUUUUUGGCUAUCAUCAUAAAAGUUAUACCUCAUCAAAUCCGGUCGGGUGUCACUUUAAUGGACGCCGAAAGCCCUACUCUUUAAAAUGGGUCGUAUCUGGUCUAAAUAUGGUGUAAAUGAGAAAAGUGCUAUAGUUUACCAACCUAUUGGCCUUUCCAAGGUUACGCUGGAAACUGGUAAUGAAUGAGCACGCGCUGAAUCAUGGGGCUGUUUUAGUGGACGCUUAUUUUCAAUAUGGCGGAAAGCUUAGCAAACUCUCUUGAAAAACAGACCGAGAAACCAAAGUAAAUGGCUAACUCGUUACCAGAUUUCCACGCCACCUCCAAAACUAAGGCACAUUUUUUGAGAUUUUCAUUCUUGUGAGAGGGGUGGGGAAUGAACCCAACCCUUCUCACGCAUCCUUUCCCCCUCGCCUCCCCUCACACAAACUGCACCAUUUAGUUGAAAAGAAAGAAAUCGUUAAUCACGUGAUCAAAAUGGCGGCAAUCAAAUUGACGGCAAUCGAAUUGACACCUUUGUAUAAAUAACUUUCUAUCAGUGAAAAGUAAUACGAGCAAUCUGUCAUGUUAAAUGCUCCAAGUUGCAUCUACUUGAAAACUGGCCAUUCAACUGACAAAGGUUCCGCAGGAGACCGAAAAUGACGUCAAUUCGGUAAUGCAAGCUACUUAACAGCUCGCUCAAUCCGCAGUUUGCAUCAAAGAAAAUUAACGACGAAUAUAAACUAAUUCUUCACUGUUGUUUACCAUUUUGAAGUAAAUAUGGGAUGAAAUCUGAAAAGCAAAACCUCAAAUAUAAAUCAAUUGUAGAUCUAAUCCGUGUUUUCCCAUUUCAGACUACGUGUCAUUUCCUUGAGUAUUAUUGCUUUUAAUUACUUUCAAUAAGCUGCACUAUCGAAGAGAUUGAAAUAAUAAAAGAAUUUUAUACUCCAGGGAGUCGAAGGUGCUCUGAAAUUAAAAAUUGAGGAUUAAAAUAGGAUCUUGGGAGCAAUGUUUUCUCAUUUCAGACGUUUGUUAAUUUCUUGAGUAUAAUUUUUUCAAAGUUUGAUUUACUUAAUGCAUGGACUUAAGGGGUGAACACCGGAGAGAAAACUGUACUCAAGAGAAUGAUGAGAAUUUUUGAAACCUUAGUUUAUGUAUGAUGUUUUCCCAAUUCAAACUUAAUGUUAUUUUCACGAGAAUAAUACUCUUUGUUACGUUGUAUCAAUAUUCAUGUGUCUUCUCAUUCGCAACGAUUAAACAAGGAAAUGAUACUCUAGAGAAUGACACGUGGUCUGGAAUGGGAAAACAUAUUAAAAGCGUAUUAAAAAUUAAUGCAGUCAAACCUUCUUAAUACAGCAUAUUAAGUGGUCGUAACAACAGAUCCAGUGUCCGUAUUAACAGGGGUUUGACUGUGUAUAUAGUAGUUUUCGUAUGAUUGAGAAAACCUCACGGUACGAACACGGUCGUGACACGGCAAGGGGUAAUACGCUAACCCAAUCACAUCGCACGAGAAUUUAGUGUACUCUCCGUCCAAUAAAAUGCCCGAAACACAGCACAAACAUGACGUGGACACAGUCACGUCAAGGUCACGGCAUGCACUGCCAGACCAUAGUUAAUACUGUGAACAAAUGGAGCAACCUUUCCUUCUCUGUGCACGGUCAACGUCAUACAACAAUGGAUAAAGUCGAACAAAAACCUAUAACAAUAGGUUUCUCAAGCAAACCACAUUGGACGAAAAAAAAAACCCACCAAUCAAAAUUCUAGAAAACAUCGUGGUCGGGGCAAGGUACGCAUACGGCACCGACUUUUUCACAGUCAUACGAAAACUGCUCUAUUGCCAUAUUAGAAUUAAAUCUAAUCCUUUAUUAUUAAAUUAGACAGUUAUGGUCAUAUUUAGUCUAUUUUUAUUGACACACAUUGGAUCAACUUCAUCGAAGUUUUAUGAAAUAAAUUAGUAUAAAAAUAAGCCAUAGACUGCUUUUUUUAACCAAAGCAAAAUGCGAUAAAUCUAUGAUUAAUAUUUUAUUAUCAUUAAUACUUAUGCGUGUUCGAUUUUUUGGAAAAAUUGCAUAAAUUUUUUAAUGAUAUUAUUAUAAUAAGCAAAAAAGCUCGUUUUCGCCGCCAUCUUGGAGAUACUGGACGGCCAUAAUGGAGUUCACUGUAAAGUACCUGCUUACCAAAAACGAAUCUAACGCGCGUUUCAGGUUUAGAGCUCUAAAAUUAGAAUUAAAAAAUUAUGUUAUGAGAUUGGUUUUGCUAUAAAGCAAUAAGACCAUCAAUAAUUCAAAGAAUACAAACGUUAAAAGAGACAAACUUGUUACUUAUACGACGCUACGAGUGCUCGAAGGAGGCAUGAGCUGUAGCGGGCGAAAUUGUCGAUACAUAUAAAUGCUCAAAGAGUUAUCGAACAUUAAAAUACAUAAAAUAUAUAAAUAAAAGGAGUUUGUAAACC